AGAGUAACAUGGCUUCCCCAUCCCCAACAUGUAUAAUUCCUCGACUUGUGCUACCCAUGUACAACCAGUCUCUUUCCACCACGAUGGCAUAGUUCAAACCUAUUGUAACUGAUCCCCCGACGAGACGAGCCAUGGACGCGCCCCCGAACGCGUACAUUUCGGCCGAGCCGCGGUCCGCCGCGAGCUCCUCUUCCGCGACCAAUGCGACGAAUGCAUCACAAGUUCUGAACCCAACGGCCACUGCAUCAAACGGAGGUGGCAGUAACGGGUCAAUGGUCAAUCUUGACACGACUAGCGCUUUCAAUACCCGGAGCACCAGCUUGACCGGCGAUCAUACUUUGGGUGACACCACAACGACGUCGAACAACACCAACCUCCAAGUUGUUGACCAGCAAUCUUUACCGUCGCUGGGAAUCUGCUGCAUGGCGAACAAAGCCUCGUCCACACCGAUGCAGAACAUUUUGCGCCGGUUGCAGAGCUUCUUCCGCCUGGAAAUUUUCGCGGAGGAGACCAUCCUGAACGAGCCGAUCGAACUAUUACUGUGAAAAAUGCCCCCACGCCCAAAGUCGCAAAAACUUGUGAUGCGAAGUUUCCAAAUGCAAACUUUUUGUCAUGCAUGAAAGAAGUAUGUUGCCUAUGCGUAUCAGUAUGAAUCUUUCUGAUGCAGCAGAUUCUAGGCGUGUAACGCAUCGCUUGCAUGACAUGCGCCACUCUUGCUGGGGUCUUUUGCAAUACAAAUUUUUGCUAUUCAGAUUCACGAUUGGAAAUCUCUGAUGCUGAUAGAUGCAAGAGGGCGAGUGUUUCGUUGGGAAAGGUUUGCAAUACAAAUGCUCCCAAGUUCGGAGGUGGGGGCAUUUUUCACCUUGAUGCGAGCUGUGGCCGGUGGUGGACUGUUUGAUCUCGUUUGACUCCAUCGGCUUCCCCUUGGAAAAAGCCUGUCAGUACGUGGAAUUGCGGAAGCCGAUAGAAAUCAAUGCGCUGAACAAACAGAGUUUGUUGAGAAAUCGGCACUUUGUCUACGAAAAAUUGCGGGAGUUUUCCAUCCCUUCCCCGAAUUACGUGUUGGUAACCGACCACAACGACGCGAACCGGUUUCAGGAGACGGUGGACUACAUUGUGUGGGACGGGCAGAAGGUGUACAAACCGUUUGUCGAGAAGCCCAUCGACGGCGACGACCACAAUAUCUACGUGUACUACCCCAUGAACACGGGUGGGGGGAUCAAACGGUAUUGGUAGCAGUAACUGGUGACCGGUUCGAUAUGCACAUAUCUUCUCUCAUCGAAUGAAAUCGUGAAACUGCUGCAGUGCUGCUCGACGGGGUAUCUCGAUCCUUGUCGAAUCAGGAUAAAGACAUGAUCAAUAAAUCAAACUCCUAUACAGGUUGUUCCGGAAAGUGCACAACAAAUCGUCCGAAUACGAUCCCGACGUCCACUAUGUCCGGCACAACAUGCCCUACAUCUACGAACCCUUCAUCUCCACGGGCGGCACAGACAUCAAAGUCUACACGUUGGGUCCCAACUACAGUCACGGGGAAGCGCGGAAGGCGCCGACGGUGGACGGCGCGGUGCAACGCUCGAAGGACGGGAAAGAGGUCCGCUACCCGAUCAUCCUGUCCCAGAUUGAGAAGCAGAUCGCGCAGACCAUCGUGGACGCGUUCGGUCAGGCGGUGUGUGGGUUCGACAUUCUGCGCACGAAGGGCUUUUUCCCGGUCGUGUGCGACGUGAACGGGUGGAGCUUCGUGAAGGGGAUAUGCAUUGCAAAUAUGUCUGGGUCUGGAAGGAUCCAAACGUGUCAUGCUAUUUUUGGAUUCUAAAAAAAUCUGCAUUGCAUGACCAGCAAGAGGAGCCCAGAUUGUGCUACGCGGAGACGGGAUUUGUCAUGCGGAAUAGGCAUCAGGAUCAGGAAGCCUUCCAAAAAUCUGUGAUGCUAAGUCAUGCACUACAGGCAUCAUGGGUCGUGCAAAAUAUGCAUGACAAACCUAGAAAUUAUUCCAGACCCAGACGUAUUUGCAUUUGAAAGACGAACCAGAAGUACUACACGGACGCCGCGGUGCAGCUGAAGCGUUUAUGCAUUGCAAAAGUAUCGUACUAGUAUAAAUUGCAUUACAAAGUCGCUCAGCAUGACAAAUGGAAUUUGUCAUGCUGUUUUACCUUAAGGACAAGAUUUGUCAUGCCUUAUGGCAAUUACUACGAGUACGAUACUUUUGUAUUCCAUAGCGUUUUUUCUACGACAAAUUGAAAGAGCAAACGGUUCGGACCAGCGGCGUCUUCGGCGGGUUGGACGCGGACCGAAGAUUAUCGCUCCUGAACUACUUGGAACACGACCCGAACCGCGCCGCCUCCGCGCCGCAGUCAACCGCGACGGCGUUGACACGGGACAUUGUGCAACAGACGUUCGCGGACGCGGAGUACUUUCCGAAUAUCGCGUCGGCGGGUAUAACCCACUCAGGUGUUACAAUCUCAAACGUUACAGUAGAGUCUGAGAUUUGUCUUGCAUGAUGAGCAUGACAGACUCGCAGAGCGUUCCACUCUCUGCAAUACAAAUUUCGCCAGAUUGUAGUCGGGUUUGGAGCUCCGGAACUUGUCAUGCGCAAUCCUAUGAGAGUUGGCUAGAUCAUGCACUCUUGCAUCACAGAUCUCCAUAUUGUAUUGUAACGCUUGAGUAGAUUGUAACAGCUGAGCGCGUUAUAGCGGGGGUCGGUGACAGCACAUCUUUGCUCGCGGAUGGGAUGUCGAGCGCGAAGCCGACCAAUUUUCUCGGCACGACGGAGGAAGAAGAGAACACGGGGGAGCUGAAAUCGGUGCUGGUGAUUAUGCGGCACGGAGACCGGAAGCCGAAGGAGAAGUUGAAGUUCCGAACGCAACACCCCAUUUUUCUCCAGUACGUGUACAAAGGACCCCCACCGGGAACAAUUGCGGCCAACGCGGAAAACCCAGAUGGCACGGUGAACGCUUACGCCGGGAUGGGGGGGAAUUUGGAAAUGAUUUUGCGGAAGAGGAACGCGAGAAUGGCAGCCGCCGCGGGUGAGGACGGGGCCGCGGCGGGGAGUAAUAAUGCAGCUGGCGUGCCGGGGACGAGCAGUAGUACUAGCGCUACUGUGGCAGGGCGAAGGGACGACUCUACGGCAUCAUCGUCCGCGGUGGACAGGACCCCGGUGCGAGCCUCUGCCGCGGAGGCCGGGUUGGCACUCGGAGAGAAGGCGGCUGGGGUAUAAGAGAGUAACUAUACUUGGUUUUUCUGUUUUGUAGUCUUGACCGUUUUGUACUUCUGUGUAGCUGCAGCUGCAGUGUACGCACUAGUAUCUAGGAAUUAGAUUUGUGAAAUUUUGAUUUACAUCACAGCCCGGCCAGCUGACGAUCACCGACGAGAUUACCACGUCGAACGACAACGUUGUAUCUCCGGUCGAAAAGUUGGUUCCGCGGAAAGGCUCCGGGAAAUCUCCGCAGCAGCUGCAGGAAGAAGGUUCGUUAUCGUUAGAAAACGACACGGGUUACGAUGACUCGGAUUUGGUCGCUCGGGAAAACUCAAACUCGGGCGCGAACCUGAUUUCCGGGACUCUCCGAGUGCACAAGCAAGAACAGGAGGACGACAAAAAUGCCGCCGCGCGGGCGAAAAUAAAUAACGGAAACAACAGCGGGGCGGAAAAUAACAGCCACACAAAUGGAGCUGCUCCUGUGGGUGUUAUUUCUGGCGCGACCGGAAGCAGUAGCAGCCAGAGCGCCCACGCGAAUGUUAAUUCCACCAGCAAAAACGACUUGUCCACCCUCUCCACGAACAAGAAUCCUUCCUCCCCGGAGGACCCGGGGGCGGCUUCCUCGUCCGGGAGUCACGUGCAGCAGAAAGCUUGGCUACCGAAGGAGCAGACAAAGGAAAUCACCAUUAAGUCGGUGGACGAUUUGAAAAAGUUGCUAGCUGAAGUCGAAGGAAUUAUCGAGGAGUUAACCGAGUCGAUCAACUUGCAAUACGGAACAUCAAGCGGUUUUCAUCAAGGUGCAGACCGAGCUCAGACGGACAAGGAAGACAACUCCACUUCCGUUGCGGUGGUACAACAACAGCAGCAGAAAUCGAGCUCCACGACCUCCAGUUCCGCGUACGCGAACACGUUGGUCCGAGAAAGACACAACAUGGAGUUGCUACGGGAGAUUUUGUGCCUACACGACAAAUUCACCGGUCUGAACAGGAAAGUACAAUUGAAGCCCAUCGUCGCGCCCAGCUCCAAACCCGGGCUCGCGAACCGGGUGACGCAGAUCCAGGUGGUUGCGAAGUGGGGCGGCGAGAUCACGAAGGUUGGUCGGGAGCAGGCGGAAAACCUGGGGUGCCGAUUGCGGAUGUGUUUGUACCCGCCGAAUGAGUCCUUGCUCGCGUUGCACUCGACCUUCCGCCACAACUUCAAAAUCUACAGUUCCUUGGAGGGGCGGUGCCAGGUGACCGCCGCCGCGUUCACCAAGGGGUUUUUGGAUCUCGUGGGGGAUUUGACGCCGAUCUUGGUUUCCAUGGUGACCACAUCCAGGACGGCACAGGAGUUACUCGACGAGCCGAUCCCGAAGCACAGCCGGGAGCUGGUGAAGAAGAAGAUCGACUCGCUGUUGCACACGAAGGAGCUCACCACUUCCGUCGACGACUUCAUCGAGCGGAUGGUCCCCUCGGCAACGCGGUUGACCGGUUUAACGCACGUGUUGAGGGUGAUGCUGGAGCAGUACAAAUCCCCGCACGCGCUGUUGCGAAAACUGAUGUCGCAGAUCACGAUUUUCAUCGACCGGGUGCACAGCUCCAUCGAGGUGAACGAGGACAGCGACAACGACAGCGGGGCUUCCGACAACGAGCAUCCGCCCCCGCGGGGAGUCGGCCCGCACCGGGACUUGGUGAAUCCGCAGCAGUUACCCCGCCUGCUGGACGACAAGGGGAAAUCGAACAUGAUCUUGAAAAGGCUGCUGUUCCGGUGGCGAAAGUUACUCUUCGGCUUCGUGAAGGAAUCGGAGACGAAAAAAUCCGCACAGUCCACUAUAACCCGCUCAGGUUUUACAAUCUCAAACGUUACAAUAGAAUCUGGAAAGCUGUGAUGCAAGAGCUGCAUGAUCUAGCCUCCUCCCAUAGGAUUGCGCAUCACAAGGUUCGGAGUCCCAAACCUACCUGAAAUCCGGCGAAAUUUGUAUUGCGAAAAGCUCAAUUCUCUACACGUUCCUCAUGCUCUUUAUGCAAUAUAAAAUUCAGAUUCUAUUGUAACGUUUGAGAUUGUAACGUUUGAGCAGGUCAUAUCCACCGCUCAGUCCACCGCCGCAACCCCGUCGGACGUGAACCGAGGCCAGCACAGCACCUAUCAAAUGCAAAAAUGUCUGGGUCUGGAAGAUUGCGAGAUUUGUCAUGCUUGUCUGGCAUGACCAAAAAGUUUGUGAUGCGUGUCCAAGAAGAGACCCUUUUGCCUGUCAUGCAAAAACGCAGUUUGUCAUGCGAAAAACGCAACACAAAGAAGCGCAGAUAUUUCUCAUGCUUGGUGGUGCAUUACAGAGCAUUCACUGUUCCCAACGCAGCAUUACAAGUUUCCAGACCCAGACGUUUUUGCAGUUGAUAGCACCACCGGCGGAACGACGUUGACGAGUAAUGUCGCGGCUGGUGGGAUGUUGAACAAUACAACUGCGACCACUCCGUUAGACGGCGGGACCAACUUUGUCCGGGACACGAGGACGAGCUCGCACGAGCAGUAUGGAGCAGGCGGUCACAUCACAACUAUGAGCACGAAAUUAAGCACGGGAGUUGUAAGCAAUUCCGGUGCAGUGGGUCCUGUCGAUGGUGUGAUGGGAAAUAAUGGCACUACUAGGACGACUGCACCAGGUUACAAUAAUUUGGACAAUAACAUGUUAAACACUGCAGUAUUAAGCGCUGGAGUAGACCACACGUCAAUCGUCGCAACCUCCUCCGCAACAGGGAGCGACGCAUCUGUAAUGAAAGGGGUAAGUUCCUCUGGCAGCGGCCUCGACAUGACCAAAGCCUCCAAGGACGGUGGUUCGGUGGGACAAAUUUCAUCUCGCGGGUUACUCACCUACUCCGGAUCUGAGGACGGAAGUUUGGUUCCGCCACUGCUGCAAACGAGAUCGGACUUGAACCCGAUACAGGAACAAAACAGUUCGAAAGCCACUGCUUUGAACAACAACAAUAAUUUUCUCGAUGACAAAGUACUAGACGUAGACGACCCUGAGGACGGGGAAAAUGACGACGAGCCGCGAGACCGGACCAUCGAACUUGCGCUCGGCCGCCGGGGCCCGCACCCGGCCGAUUUGAAGAGACUCCAAGGGGAGAUCAAGCUGGCGCAGCAGGAUGACGACAUGGAAAACAAGGAGGAACUGGAAGCCAACGACCGCACGUGGCCCUUGCGAAGCCGGGGCACGAACGCCCGGAGCAGUCCGAACGUCGGCAGGACGAUCGACAGCGACGAUUUUUUUACAGACAGCAACGAACUGACCACGAACAAGUCGAGCCCCGCGGAAAAAACGAGCUCUUUUCACCGGGAAAGUGACUACACUUUCAACUCGCCCGACGACGAGAACGACACACGAGGGGUGGAUUCGAGUCCGAACAGCGACGCGAAAGUAGCAGGAACUACGAAUAGAAUUAUGGGGAGGAACGGAAAUAAUGCGGUGAAAAACUUGAAUCUCGGUGCGAAACUUUCUUUCUCGAGUUCUUCAGGUGCAGCUGGGAAUAACGUUUCGACCUCUACUGCUGGGCUGAGUGCGAAGAACAAGGGCGGAGGUAGUAGUGCUUCUACAACAAGAACCGGAGAUGGUGCAUCAACUUCUGCAGCCCACAGCAGUCGCAUGCACACGCCUGCUGACAACUACGCAGGAGCAGAAUCGACGUCCACUGCUUCGCACCAGAUAUCAACACGAGGUUCUAGUACUUUGGCCACUCCGGUAACCGCUGAUCAUGGAACAACAUCAACAUCGUCGCGAAGACCUUUGGCUAGUUCCUCAGCUGCUUCCGGUGCUACUUCCAAAGUCUCCACGAAGUCCGCGAGUCCGCAGUCGAGCACCAGCCCACGCGACGACCAUGAUCAAGCAUCUACUUCGGGACCACAGAACAAGAAAAAACAUCAGGGCCACAAGCUGCUUUCGCCUAGGAGUCAUUCCUCGGCUGCGUCGCUGCACCACUCGGACCACUCGGGGACGGCUGUGCAACAGUCGCCCUCUUCGGCAGUAGAACAAAAGGCCGGCGGUUCUUCUAGUAGUGGAGCAGCUUCAAUGGCUACAACGAAGCAAAUUACAAGUUCCAGCUCUUCCUCAAGCAUUAACAAACAAGGAAAUAAUUAUCAGGGCAUGAUGGCACCACCACCGGGAGGUGGACUACUAAAACAACAGCAAACAAUAACAAACCAGCAAAACCUCCACACGACAACCACAGCCCCCACUUCCUUCGCCAACUCCUUUCAGCCGAGUGAUCGUGCUAUUAAAUGCAAAAAUGUCUGGGUCUGGAAGAGCACAACUUUGUCGUGCACAUUUUCCAUGAUCGUCCAUGAUGUCUGUGAUGUAUGGCAUAGUAUCACAGAUUUUUUGAGCGCUUAUCUAUGCGCAUUCAGCAUGACAAAUGCCCUCUCCGCGUAGCCAAAUUUUAAUCCUCUUGCUGGUCAUGCAAUGCAGGUUUUUUUAGCAUCCAAAUGCAGCAUCACAAGUUUGGCUCUUCAAGACCCAGACAUUUUUGCAUUUGAUACGUACAGCCCGUGCGUCGACUACCUCGAAACAAGUGCAACUCGCGCACAGCGCGACAGGCGUGGUUAUCCUGAGUGAAAACGUCCCCGCGCCAUGGUCAAGAUAGGGAACCUGCUACACAAAUCAGCCAGCAUUGGCUGUUGCGCAUGACACGUUUGACCUCGUAGUGUAAUCCUGUUUAGCUAGUUCAGCAGCAUCACAGACCUAGGAUAGCAAGCUGAUUGGAGCAUCGCAAAUCCCGAAACGCGCCUAGAAAAUGCUUCUCAUGGGGCUCCGCAUCAGAAACAUUUUUAGCAUGCAGGUUUGCAUUUUUACAACUGUGGGCUGGGAAUGUUUUUUCUCAGGAUAGUGGUCACGUCUGGCGGUCCUGGAGGUGACCACCACCUGCCGCACCAAGGCUCGUCCGCGACGACCCCCCUAGUGCCCUCGAGUUCGAAGGUGAAAACGUAUCAGUCCAAGUACAUUUUCGACACGUCAAAGAUCCCGGAGAUUUACGACAACAUCUACUACGACCUAACCCAUCGGCGGGAGGAGUUGGACUUCAUCGACUGCCGGCACUUGGCCGAGAAAGUAUUCAAUUUGGUUUUACCCCUGAACUGCUGGGUCACCACGGCAGAAUUCGGGAUUUCGAUUGAAGAGAAGAAAACCAUCGGCGUAUCGUAUUUAAAAACGUCCCCACCCCAUAGUUGUAAUGCAAAUCUGCAUGCUGAAAAUGUUUCUCAUGCGGAGCGCCAUAAGACGCAUUUUCUAGUCGAGUUUUGGAAUUUGUCAUGCUACAAUCAGCAUGAUAUACUAGAUCUGUGACGCUGGUGAACUACCUCAAACAGUACUUCACUACGAGUCCAAAUUUGUCAUGCAAAACAGCCAAAGCUUGUGGAUUUGUCUAGCCAAUUCCCCAUCUUGACUCUGGAGUGGGGACGUUUUUCCAUAGAAUACGGCGCCGAGGUGUCGUGGCGGCUGGCGGAGAAAAUCGUGGGGGAUCUGGAGUUAUCAAAUGUAAAAAUGUCGGGGUCUGGGAACUUGUGAUGCUGAUUGGCGUAUCAUGAGGCGGCCACAAGUGCUGGCUCAGCAUGACAAAUUUCUGAGCUUCGAGGUGUUGCCUAUUCUGCAUGACAAACUGCGUUUCUGCAUGACGGUUCAGCGGAUGCGGUCGGGUGGUACCUGUAGGACGUGGAACGGGUGUCCACCUAGGGGUAUUGGCAGAGGCUAAAUCUGUUCUAACGCCACGGUAUUGGCAGAGGCUAAAUCUGUUCUAACGCCACCCUGACAGGAGUCAAAGGUCAAAGCGAUACGAUACGAUGCAUGACAAAAAACAGGGCUCUUGGGUAACGUGCAUGACAGACUUUGCCGUCAUGCUGGCAGAGCAUGACAGACCUUCCAUUCUUCCAGACCCAGACAUUUUUACAAUCCAUAGGAGUUCAUGCUGGACAGCAGAGAUGAGGCCGGGAAAAAGAUGUCGCUGACCGGGCACAGCAGCCAGCAGCAAAAUGCGAACGAGAACAACAACGGUGGAGGUUCUUCGGCGAAUAAGGGAGUGAGCAACAAAAUUGGCAACUCGGGUGACGCGGCGGGGGUAGCAGGAGGGGACCAGCGAAAGGAGGAUUUUGGAACAUCAGCCGGAGCGCAGAACCCACACAAUAGUAGUACCAAAACCCGACCCCCAGCGCCGGCGCUAGAAACAACUGCAGGGGACGUCGAAGCUGCGGGUCGAAAGCAAAGCACUCCCUCCCCGAGCCUGUCGCCCGUGGCGGGCCCCGCUGGCGGAAAAAGUUCUGUCGCAUCUUCAACGGCGGGACAACUACCUGGUGCUGAGAAUCAUGCACAAAUUAUGCACGUCUCGCUCUCGUCCCCGUCCACGCUCUCCGCGUCGAGCCAGAUGCACAUCACAAGCGGCGCGCCAACGCCCGUGGCCGAACCGGCGAGAAGUAUAGUAGUUGCUGAAAAUAAUAACAAUCAAGGACGUGGUGGGGCACCCCAGCUUAGCACGACAGCUGCUCCAACCGAUUCCACCUCCUUCCACAGUUCUCUCGCAACGAAAGAUAUGAAGAUGGAGCCGUACAGCGAUGACUCGACGAAGAAACAGUCGACGAGGGUUGUGACAUCAGGCGUGCAAAUCAGCGACAAGGUUCUGGAGCAGGGCCAUCGUGGUCCUCAGACGUCGCAGCCUGCGGUUGCAGUAGUACACCAAGAAUUUAUUUCUUCCUCUGACCUGCAGAAACACAGCGAGAUGAUGGAAAACAACAAUUUGUUUCCAAAUGAUCCAAACCAGAAUCCCAUGCAUCUAUCGCCGUCCUUGGCUUCGGGGCUGUCGCGCGCUACUUCGUCGAGUAACCCCGAGGCGGUUGUUCCGGCUCUUGCAGGAGCAGGAGCAAACAGCAGCACCCAGAGUCCGGGCCCGGCGUUCGCGGAAACUGGUUCUUCUGGAAAAGGCAGCCCGGAACCGAGUUUACUGCACGCGACGCCUAGGACAACUGCAAUUGGAACUAAUACGACGUUCCCCAAUAGUACUAGUACGAAGCUGCUAGUAGAUCAGCAGGGAGCUGCUGCGUCGAGAAUAUUAAAUGGAAACACCGGAUCCACUGCAAAUAAUGGCGACCGAACCACGUCGAUGCUAUACCCCGACACGACGACCCGGGAGGAGGCGCUGCGACAGCUGCGCGAGACGUACGAGGCAGAUGUGCAGCAGCAGGUGAAUGAGAAGGAGGAAUUUUCGGACAUUGUUGGGAAGACGAAGAAGAAAACAAAACCGUCGAAGGAGAAGGCGUCUGUCGCUCCGGGCGGUGGACAGCUACAACAAGGGGGAACGUCUAGUGGUUCCUUGCUCCAGCCAACCACACCUCUGUCCGAAUACGCAGGGUCAAUAUCCGGUGGGAUGUUGAUACCGGACAAUUAUGGUGAAAAAUCAAAAGUAGAUGAAGAUAUUAAAACAGAGACAGCAAACAGCGAGAUGUCCAACGAGAGUCCGGAUCAGAAGUUGGAAAAAAACCAGAGGCAAAAUAGCGGAUUAUCGGACAAUAGUCGAACGAACAAAACCGCUAGUGUAACGGACUCACCCUUGAAUCAGAUCGUGCCGCUGAUAAGCUCGUCGCCCGAAAUUCAGAAGCAGUCUUCCGGCGCCGUUUCGCCCGCGAACCGUACGGCCGGGAGUGCUGGGACCGCGGUUUCCAGUGUCGCUUCGAAUGGAGGGGCAGUCGAUGCUGCUGCUAGUAGUCUUCAAAACAAGAAGAUUUCCGAAGCCGACCGCGCGGUGAAUGCGCACUUGAGUAAGGAACAGGAUCGACUGCUAGCCGGCAGUGAAGUCGAGAGAUUGACCAGGAAUACCGGCAUGAGCGGCCGCGCGACUGGGACUGGAACGGCAGCAGCAGCUGCAGCGCAAGCGGAGGUAGAGAAAAAAUCAAAAGCAAGUGCCAGUGUGAUCGGCACGACCGCCGGUGCAGUUGCAGCUUCUACAUCAUCUGGGCAAGCGCAGGAGCAGGGGAAUAAUGCAGCAGGUAGUUCCAACAGUAAUGUUGGUUCUACUACUUCGACCAAGCCACAAGAGCAGACCAAUAGUACCAAUCUCGUCGGAGAAGUAGAUCAGCAAAGCAAAAGCUCUUCCACUGCAAAAAAACUGGAAAAGUCACUGUCCAAUCCCCCCGCGAUAGUAGGUGCCCAGUCAGGAGGAACGACCGCCGGUUCAGCAUCUGCCUCGACCCACCCUGCCGGAGGAGCACCAGCUCCCGCCACCGCAUCCAGCGCGCAGCAGAAGCAAAAGACGAUCAAAAACGAGUACAAGUGGAAGGGCGAGGAUUGGUUUCCGAACCGAACGGACAAUCUGAACACGAUCCGGUCCCGCGUGUACGUCACGUCAGCUAGUACCAUGCACACUUUUUUGAACAUACUGGCAUACUUCCGGCCCAUGAAGAACCACCAAAACCAGCACGGUAUGGUUUCCAACAGCAACAGCGGGCAGUCCUCAGCCGGGAACGACAGCAGCUCGGACAAUAACAACUACGGAGGAUCGUACGAUGUGGAUGACCAGCUUCCCGAGGGGGUGUACUACGACUGGGACGUGAUUUCUGAUUUAACCGACAUGUCCUACAUGUCGCACCUCGUGCUCCGGUGUUUCGAACUGAAAAACGUCCCGAAGGACGCGACCACGCUGCAGCGUUACCGCGUGGAGGUGCUGGUUUCGUUCGGCAUCAGUUUGACCGACCGGGACGACCCGAAAAAGAUCAUCGAACUCUGCUCCUUGCCGGACGGGAGCUUUUGCAGAAAAGAGCAGCAAGUGAUCGCCCCGCUGAAGUGCAUCAUGAAGGCCCCGCUGAAUUACUUUGACUCGUUGAUGCAGGAGGUGCACAACCUGUCCAUCGGGGGAACGUCGUCGACUGGUGCACAAGCUGGCACUACCGCAUCUUCGAGUGGGGCAACCGCAGGUGCUGGGUUUUUAUCUUCUGGCGGAGGUGGAGGUGCUGCUGUGCCGACCGGCAUGAACUUGAUUAGCGCGAUGGUUGGAAUUGGUGGAGCCGGGACGACAUCAGCGACCACCGCAGGCGGCAAAUCUAGUACUCCUCCGGCCGCAGUUGCCGCACCCGCGGGAACUACUGCAAGCAGUACAUAA